GCUAGUCAAGGAAGGUAGAAGUGACGUAAAGAGGAAUAAAGAGAACAUAGCAACGAGUGAGGGAGGAACAUAUUCUUGGCAGUACUGUGAUUGAGGAAGCUCAGAUGUAUCUGGAUGUCUUUGCUGCUUCAUUUAUAUCUGCAAUAUAAGGAAAUCCCACAAAGGGGUGGAUUUUCUUCCUAGCUUACUAGCUGCAAAUGCUAGAUCUUUUUCUACCUUUUUGUUCUGACGCUUUUCUUUUUACCAGCUAUGACAGAAGAAGUAACAUAUGCAAAUCUGAAAUUUGAAAACAGCUAUGAGCUGGAUAAUAUCACAGAGCCUGAAGAUACUAAGGAAAAAGGACCUCCCACUUCAUCCCGCUCUUGCUGUCCAAUAGUCCCGAUUUUGAUCACACUGUGCCUGGCAUUGCUGAUGGCGCUGGUGACCCUGGCAGUUUUAUUUUACCAGAUUCCCAAGGACUACAGGACACAACUUAGAGACCUCAACAUGACAAAAAAUGAGCUGCAUGGAAAUUUCUCAAAUAUGCUGCAAGCAAUAGGAAAUCAGCUGUGCUUGGAAGGGGAAAAAAUGCUUAAAAAUAAUGGCCAGAACUGUGUACUCUGCCCUGCAAACUGGAAGUGGGAAGGUGGCCAUAUGUGUUACUACCUGUCCAAGGAAAAGAAGUCAUGGGAACAGAGUCACCAGUUUUGUUCCUCACAAAACUCUACUCUUCUUCUGAUAAAAGAGGCAGCGAAGUUGGACAAAGCAUUUAGAUUCCUUCUAUCACUGUGGAUAUAUGCAUCAUACUACCAUAUAUAGCAGAAGAUGCCUAGAAAAUCUUUACUAUAUCUGUGAAAAGCCCGCCAUCCAAUUACAG